UCGGACACAUGGGCGGGAUAUCCUGGAAACAAGACUCCAGUGCAGAGAUUUUGGUUCACUGAAAACCGAGCUUGAAUGCUGCAAUUCUUCACAAAAGUCGUGCCUGCAGAUAUCUGAAAGGCGUAGAUCCCUGAAAACACUCCGAGCUGUAUUUGGAAAAAGAUUUGGCACAAGCGUUGGAAUUACUGAGAGAGCCUCGUAAGACUCUGCACCAUGUGGCUAAAUGCGAUAGCUCUGGCCCUCCUCGUUACUGCCGCAUCCGCUGCCACAGCCGCUUCUGCUGACAAAGUCCUCAGUAAACACGCCGCCGCGCUGGCUGACAACAGUGCCAACUUGGCUUUCAAUCUUUACCGAAACAUGGCAAAGGAGAAGAAUGUAGAAAACAUCCUCAUUUCUCCCGUGGUGGUGGCCUCCUCACUCGGUCUGGUGGCGCUUGGGGGAAAGGCCUCAACUGCCUCUCAGGUCAAAACUAUUUUGAACGCAGCUAAAGUGACAGAUGAGCAACUACAUUCUGGUUUGGCCGAGAUCCUGACUGAGGUGAGCGACCCCAAGACACGUAACGUCACCUGGAUGAUCAGCAACCGUCUCUACGGACCCAACACUGUCAGCUUUGUGGAAGAUUUUGUGAAGCGCAGCAAAAAACACUACAAUUAUGACCACUCAAAAAUUAAUUUCAAAGAUAAGAAAAGUGCUCUGAAUUCCAUCAAUGAAUGGGCCGCUAAGUCCACUGAUGGCAAAGUGCCUGAAGUCACAAAGGAUGUGGAAAAAACAGAUGGUGCGAUGAUCGUCAACGCAAUGUUUUUCAAACCUCACUGGGACGAGGAAUUCCACCAUAAGAUGGUGGACACCCGUGGAUUCAUGGUCUCCCAUAGCUACACUGUCUCAAUCGAGAUGAUGCAUCGCACAGGUAUUUAUGGAUUCUACGAUGACACAAGCAAUAAGCUGUCCAUUCUGAGCAUGCCGCUGGCUCAUAAGAAGUCUAGUAUGGUCUUCAUCCUGCCGUACCAAGUGGAAAAUCUGGACAGAGUGGAACAGAUGUUGAACAAGAAGCAGCUGGAUAUUUGGAUGAGUAAGCUCCAGCAGAAAGCAGUGGCAGUAUCUCUGCCCAAAAUCAGCAUGGAAGUCAGUCACAACCUGCAGAAACAUCUGGAGAAAUUGGGCCUGACUGAGGCAGUGAACAAAUCUAAAGCAGACCUGUCCAACAUGUCUGGGAAAAAGGACCUCUACUUGUCCAGUGUCUUCCAUGCAGCAGUCAUAGAGUUGGUCACAGAAGGAAACGAAAUGGACACGACCGUCUUUGGCACUGACCAGCUCAAGUCCCCGAAACUGUUCUAUGCAGACCAUCCUUUUAUCUUCUUGGUGAAGGAUCGGAAGACAAACUCCAUCCUCUUUAUUGGGAGGAUGGUCAGGCCAAAAGGUGAAAAGAUGAGAGAUGAAUUAUAGCCGCAUAUUGGCUUGUCCGUGAUUUUGCGUGUGCGUGUGUGUGUGUCUAUGCGUGUAAAAGAGAGAAAAAAUAAAAAAAUGUUUGUUUUAUAAUUACAUUCCUGUUCCAAACUGAUACAAUUCCUCAAGCAUCUGAAAGAGAAUCAUCGUGUCUUUAUUCAGGGCAUCAAUGAAGACUGUAUCAUUUUGUGUAUUCGUUGUAAAAUGACAAAUUACUUGAAUCGAAGGAAAACGGGGGGAAGCGGUGUUAAUAUGCCAGCCAAAUAUGGUUUCUGGUGUGGUCAUA